AGUUCAUUCGUAUGCAUGAAAGAACUACAUUUCCCAGUGUUACGUCAGUGCGUCACUACGCACGUUUUACAUUUCUGUCAAAACUGGCGCUCAGUACACAUUUCAGUCACACUGUGGGGUAUUUUUACACGCGUGAAGGAUAUUUCGAUUCGGGAAAACCUUCGGGCUCCGUGUGACAAUGGAGGCGUAUUUACGGAGCUGUCGCGAGGCACUGAAGGUAAGACAAUGGGUUGUUGUAAUAACAGCCCAGGGCUUCAUGUCGUAAUGGGGAAUGAGGCUUGUGAUAUGGACUCGAUGGUAUCAGCCCUGACCUUCGCCUACUUUCUUUCAAAGACUCUGAACUCUAAGAGGCUACCAGUGCCUGUACUCAAUAUCCCACGACGCGAGUUUCCAUUGCGUUCAGACAGCAUCUUCCUGCUGAGAGAGACCGGUCUGUCUCAGGACUAUCUGGUCUUCAGGGACGAGGUGGACCUUCACAGUCUUCACAAGGCCAAACAGCUGACACUGACACUGGUUGACCAUAACGUUUUGCCCAGUUCGGAUAGUGAGUUGGAAGAAGCUGUUGUUGAAGUAAUUGACCAUCACCUUCUACAGAGACCCUCAUCUUCCUCGUGCCCUGUCACCGUGGAGACCGUAGGCUCCUGUGCCACGCUGGUGACGGAGCGCAUCACCCAAAAAGCACCUGAUGUGCUCGACCAACAAGUGGCUCAGCUUUUAUAUGGUACCAUUAUCCUAGACUGCGUUAACAUGGCACCCGAGGCAGGUAAAGUUACACCUAAGGACAGCCAGUACGCCAUUUUUUUGGAAAAGCAUUUUCCCGAGCUGCCUCCGAGGGGCGCCUUAUUCCAGUCUUUACAAAAUGCCAAGUUUGACGUAUCAGGUCUGUCCACAGAGCAGAUGCUGUUAAAAGACAUGAAAGCAGCAAGUGGUGGGGAUCUACGGCUGGCUGUCAGUGUUAUUUAUUUGACACUAGAGGAUUUUCUACAGAGGCGGGGCCUGCAGCAAGACCUCUGUGAGUUCUGCCACAAACACAACUAUAACCUGGUGGUUGCAAUGACAAUCUCUUUCAUUGAUAACAAGGAGCCUUUCCGACAGCUAGCCAUCUACAGUUCCAGCACUGUCUACAGAGAAGAGAUCAGUAAAGCAUUAGAAAAGGCCAAAAACCCCAGUUUGGAUCUAAGGCCAAUGAGCAGUCCUUAUCUGGAUAUCAAGACAUACAUACAAGGUAACACAGUGGCAUCACGCAAGAAGUUAUUACCCAUUAUUACAGACUUCCUGAAGGAGUGGGACAAGAAAGUGUCUCAAAGUAGGAACAUAGAUGUCUUGGAUCUGGAUGAUGAUUCCAAUCAAGACCAGAGUGACUCAUUGCAAUGUGCAGAGGAUGCUGGGAUUGAGGAUGAUACACCAUUCCCUCCAACACCUAUGAACAGUCUGGUUGAGGGCUGUCCUUUGGACAAUGGCCUGCCAAAAAUCAAUCCUGAGAUUUUGGUGGAGAAAGUUUGCAAGAUGGCCAGCAUGGAAGAUGAGUCUCCUGAAGGACAGUGAUGAAGAAGCUGUUCCCAAAGAGUCCUUUUUAGGAUCUGGAACCUUCUGCGACAUCCAGAAAAGGCAGUGCAUAAACAGCAGUGGUGUACAAAGGCAAAACAAAGAAGUGGGAAUUUUGUCGUUUGUAAACUGUCCAAGGUACAACAUGGUUAAAAGAGACCUUUCUUUUGACUUUUUGAGGUUCGGUACAUUUGAAUGCAGCAUCAUUUUUAUAAUAGCGUUUGAAAAAGUUUGAAUUUAAAAUGUUACUGGCUGAAGAUGUAGAUUUAGGUUAUUAGUUAUUUGGACUUGGUUUCUCCCUAAUUAUUAAAAUUCACUUUGAUUUACAAUAGACUCCCAGUUUGACUCCUAAUUAAUGGUCAAGUCAUUUCUUUUAAUAUAUAUAAACAUAUAAACUCAUUCUGGACAACACAUUCACAACAUCCAAUUCAAAAUGAGUUCUUGUUGUUAUAAUAGAUACUCACUUCUGUGGCGUGUUUUCACUGAUUUGAAACAGGAUCUCAUUCUGAGUUUGCUGUCAUCCAAUGUAGUGUCUUUAUAUUACAGAUCAAUGCAACAUAAAGUUGAAUACCUUAAAGUAGGUACUAACAUUAUUGGUGUAGGUGUAAACGAUAAAAGUAAUUUACCAUGAUGGUUUCAGAUUGUUUGUGGACUGUUAGAAUGGCAUGUUGUUGAUUUAAGUUUGUCCAAAGGUUUGUAAAAAUUCGUGAUUAAUCGCAUGCAAAAUGAAAGUGAUUUUUUGCAUAAUAUAUGUGUGUGUACCAGUGGCGGCCCGUGACUCCUCAUCCGAGGAUGCGCUAAUUCAAAAUAAGUGUUCGGAUUGUCACAUAUGUGGUUCCCUUUUCCAAAAUAUGUGUCCUGCGUGUCAAGAGAUCCUGUAAGCAUCACGUGUUUUGUCAAAAUAAGUGCCUGCUGCACACGCGUCAAAACCGUUUAUGAUAAAAGAGAUUGCGAACCACACACAACGGGCUAUAUACAUGUUGUGAUGAACUUCGCAUUGUGCGCCCUCAAAAAAGUGUGUACUGUGUGUAAUUAUUAUGUAUAUUUAACCACACACACAUACACAUUUUUAUUUAUAUAUUUAUUUUUUUACAUUUAUAUAUAAUAUAGAAUAUAUAAAAUAAAUAUAUAUGAAGAGUUUGGUUCCAAAACGCAAUAAAUCCAUUUUGACAAAUUUCGGUAAAAACGUGUUUUCUAUACCAAGAAAGUGACAAGAUGAAAACCACUAUUUUCUGUUACAAACUUUCACAUAGCAUCUUUAGGUUAUAAAAACAUAAAAAAUUCAAAUCCAUAACUUGAUUUUCAAAGAUUUAUUAUAAAAACGAAUUAUUUUUUCCACAAAAUGCAAUAAAUCCAUGACAGAUUUUUAUUUCAAAAUGCUAUAAAUCUAUUAAAUCAAUUUAUAAAUGUGCAUUCAUCUUUACCAUUUUAUAUUUAUUUAGUUGACUAGUGGUAUACAAUGAUUAAAAAAUAAACAUUAAUGGCAUUAACCAAAACACUUACUUUGUUAUAUUAAGAACACAAUGUUUUAGCAUGAGAAGCUUGAUGCUGUCUGGAGAACAAGCAACCGAGUGCCUCUCGCGGAAAUUAUUAGCUGUUGAUGGCUUACGUUUCUUUCCCGUCACAGAAAACCAUCACAGGUUUGGCAAUGCUAUUAAAGUAUUAUUUUGUUUUGUUUGUUGAUCACGAAGUACAAAGUAGAUGAGGAAAAUUAGGAUUCCGUGUACUCAGCGCGCCGCCAUGUUUGUUUACAUUGCGUGAAUGGUCCGCUGUAAUAUCAGAAAUGGAUUUAUUGCGUUCUGUAAAAAAGGAGUAGUGGCGUUUGUCGCAUUUUGGGAAAAAAGGGAGAAAAGAUGACAGAAUAUCAUGGCGGGUAUUGGAUUUUGCGUAAAAUUAAUUAUUUACUUUUAACUACUGACCUGAUAUAAUACUGAUUUUGGCAGUAACUCAUUUUUUUCAAAAAUGGCGUUUAUCGCGUUUUGGAACCAAACUCUUCAUAUAUAUAUAUAUAUAUAUAUAUAAUGUGUGUGUGUUUCUUAAAUACAUACAUGAAUGUGUGUGUAUUUUUUUAUAUAUAUAUAAUAAUUACACACAGCACACACUCAUAUAUUAUGGCAAAAAUAUACUUUUAUUUUGUAUGCGAUUAAUCUUUGCCCAGCACUAUAAAAAUUAAAUGAAAAGUCCAUUUAUACUAGUGCACAGAAGGUUCAUAAGCAGAAAUUUGAUUCUUCCAUUUUUGUUAUUGUACUUGAAUUUUCGAGUUUAAAAUAUAAAAGUUUCUCGAGUUGUAAAGUUCCCUAUUGAGAUUGAGAAUUUUUUUUAAAGGUGGAUGAUUGAUUACUUACUUUCCUUGUUGAGGAAAUGUUACCAAGUACCAAAAGUUUACUUUUUGUUGGUCUUCAUUACACGCUACUAUAGUUAAGCAAAAUAGGACUAUGCCCUACGUAGUAGUUUUAAUCAUUUAUUAUUAAAGUGUUAGGCUUUCACUGUAAGCGGAUUACUGCAAUUGCUUUCUAUUUAUUAACAAACUGAGAAACAAGCAAGCAUUUUUGACUGUGGUAUUCAACAGCAUGCCAUAUGGUGCAUAUACAACAUAUUAAGUUUUUUACAAAUUAAAUAAUUUUGUCUUGAUUUCCCAGUGAUUGUAGGUUCAUAAUGACAAAUCAGUUCAGUACCUUUUUGGCCACAAUGCUGGAUUAUCUACCUGUCAUUGAGUCAGAAAGGAACAAACUCAGCCGUUUGGGUAAAAUGUUAUAUUUGACCCAACAAUGGGUUAAAACAACCCAGCAUAGGUAAAAUUGCAACCCAGCGGUUUGGGUUAAUUAAUUUUUGACCCAACACCGACCCAGCAUUUUUUAGAGUGAACUUGUAGAUGUUAUAGAUCUGAUAUGCUAAAAUCUCAGUUUUGUAGAAACGUGUGCGGCAUGUUAAGCAUUUGAUUAUUUGUGUUUUAAAGUGUAUACCUUCAGUAUUCCAUUACUUUUUAUUAUGUUAUAUAAUUUGUAUAAGGAUCCAAAUGGUUGCAUUUGGGUUUUAAAGGGAUAGUUCACCCAAAAAUGAAAUUAUGUCAUAAACUCGACCUUCGUUCAUCUUCUGAACACAGUUUAAGAUGUUUUAUAUUUAAUCCGAGAUCUUUCUGACCCUCCAUUGACAAUCUAGGUACGGUAUACUGUCCAUGUCCAGAAAGGUAAUAAAAACAUCAUCAAAGUAGUCCAUGUGACAUCAGUGGGUCAGUUAGAAUGUGUUGAAGCAUCGAAAAUACAUUUUGGUCAAAAAAUAACAAAAAUUGUGACUUUAUUCAGCAUUGUCUUCUCUUCCACGUCUGUUGUGAAGCGCAUGUGCGAGACUAAAGUCACGUGACUGCAGUGAGGUGUUAUCCUCAGACAUGUUUGCAAAGUUUUUUUUUUCAAACUUACAGCGUGCGUCUCCCUCAGACUGUAAACGAAGCCCGGCGGGAGCACAAAAAAAAACAAACAGCUGGGGCGCACCAGAUAACACGUCAGCUGCGUCGUACGUCAUCGUAUGUCAAUGAAAACCUAUCUGUAUUUUCGAUGCUUCAACACUAUUUCAAUUCUAACUGACCCACUGAUGUCACAUGGACUACUUUGAUGAUGUUUUUAUUACCUUUCUUGACAUGGACAGUAUACUGUUACUAGAUUAUGAAGGGUCAGAAAGCUCUCGGACUAAACAUAAAACAUCUUAAACUGUGUUCCUAAGAUGAACGGAGGCUUACGAGUUUGGAACGACAUGAGGGUGAGUCAUUAAUGACAUUAUUUUCAUUUUUGGGUGAACUAUCCCUUUAAAGACAUGAAAUAUGUAACAAGGUAUUCUAACUACAGUGUUGGAGGUCCACUCUCUUAAAAAGCUAGUAUACACUCACCUAAAGUAUUAUUAAGAACACCAUACUAAUACUGUGUUUGACCCCCUUUCGCCUUACGAACUGCCUUAAUUCUAUGUGGCAUAGAUUCAACAAGGUGCUGAAAGCAUUCUUUAGAAAUAUUGGCCCAUAUUGAUAAGAUAGCAUCUUGCAGUUAAUGGAGAUUUGAAGGAUGCACAUUAGUGCUGCACAAUUAAUCGCAUCGCAAUCGCGAUGUCAGCCUGUGCGAUUAUAUGACAGCAAAAUGUUGCAAUUAUAUUAAAUAAAUAAAUGUGUGGACUUGUUAACACAAACUUUCUGAUAACAGUUUGAUGAUUUUCCUUGCUGUUUAAAAAAAGAAAGAAAAACGAACAAAAAAGGCAGUGCACGUGUGUGGUGUGCGUCGUCACUUAUACCAGAGCGAAGAUGGAUGCAGAGGAGGUUGACAGUGAUCUGGUAGCUAAAAAAAAACUCUAUGUCUGUCUGGUGGUAUUUUGGAUUUAGGAUUACUGACACUGAGCAGUUGCUACAUCACGUGGCAAUACGAAAAAAAUUCUAGUUUUACAAAUACACAUUUUAGCUAAACUGUGUGUGGAUUUUCCUUAAAACCCAUCAAGUUGACUCAUGAUACCAUUUAGUAUAAUCGCAAUCGCACAUCGCAAUAUUAGCAUCAAUAACCGCAAUGGGAAAAAUUAUCCAAAUCGUGCAGCCCUAAUGCACAUCCAGGGCACGAAGCUCCCAUUCCACCACAUCCCAGAGAUGCUCUAUUGGGUUGAGAUUUGGUGACUGUGGGGGCCAUUUUAGUACAUUUUUUGUACUCAUUGUCAUGUUCAAGAAACCAAUUUGAAAUGAUUCGAGCUUUGUGACAUGGUGCAUUAUCCUGCUGGAAGUAGCCAUCAGAGGAUGGGUACAUGGUGGUCAUAAAGGGAUGGGCAUGGUCAGAAACAAUGCUCAGGUAGGCCGUGGCAUUUAAACGAUGCCCAAUUGGCACUAAGGGGCCUAAAGUGUGCCAAAAAAAAAACAUCCCCCACACCAUUACACCAUUGCAUUAAUGAGAAAUUGAACAGGUGUUCCUAAUAAUCCUUUAGGUGAGUGUAGGUUAGCUCCAAUACUAACAUACUUCAGGAUAAAAGACCUACAUAGACAUCGAUUUGACAAAGCAGUCAAUGCUGCAUCUGUGUGUCUUUGUUCAGGAUUAAUAGAAGAACCAAUAGGGGUGUUUGAUUAUGUUUAAAUCUAAAUUCUGCUGGCGGAUGGCAUUUGAAGAACAGAACUGAUUAGCCUGAUUUGUAAUUUUUUUUAAUGGGCUGCCAUUUUUAUUUUAUUUUCACUAGUGUGCUUGUGAUCAAACACCUUACGAUUAAAAAUUUAACUGAUUUAAAGAUGAUGCAUCAUAACAUUAUGCAUUAUGUUGGUAAUGACACAGCUCAGUAACAAGGUUCUAGAUGAAACAUUCCUACAGAUUUGUCCAUGAAAGUGUUGUGUAAAAUGAUUUGGACAACAAGUUUCUUCAAUACUUUUAACAGGUUGGCCUUUCAUAUUGGACUUGUUGCAUAUGGUGUGUUGAUAUUGUAAGGUAUUUCUCUAUGUUGUGUAUUAUUAACCCUGAUCGAUGAUGGUAAAUGGAGAGCAUUGCUGCAUGCUGCCUCAGGAAUAGUUUUUUCCCAGAAAUGAUUAAUUUGCCAAUAUAUUGAGGAAUCAAUACUUACUGUUUGAAAUUGUAAUGUAGAUGUAAUAAUGUGCUUUUAUGGUUGUAGAGCGGGACAUUCAAAAGCACCUAAUCUGCCACAUGUAUUUUAAUGCAAAGGCCUUUUUUAUUUCAAAUCUCAUUUGUAAUGCACAUUGAAUAUAAAUAAAUGCAUUUCAGUUUGUUCAA